AUGGAGUCGUCGGAAUUGUGUCUAGUUGAAAGUGCUUCGGUUACCAUGAAUACAAAAAAUAACAGUGGUCAUAUAAUCUUAACUUAUGAAAAAGAUAUUGGAAAUUAUUUGAACGUCGAAAAUAUUGACGAUUGUUUAAAACAUGAACUUUUACGUAAUCCUUGGGUACCGAAUACUACUUAUGACUUUAAAAGUGAUUUAAAAUCAGGAAGAACUCGAGCAUUUAGACAUCAAUGGUUGCACGAAUACGGUUCAUGGUUGACAUAUUCAGCUCUUGAGGGUGUGAAAGGAGCUUUUUGUAGAAUAUGUGUGUUGUUCAAGCCAUCAAUUCAUAGAGGCGUACAAGGUGGAUUUAUAAUAAGACCGUUUACUAAGUAUAAGGAUUUUCAUGCAUCUUCUAGAAUACAUUUGUCUUCAAAUUGGCACACUGAAUCAAUGUCAAGAGCAAAAGAUUUUAUGGAUAUUAUGAAUGGUAAAAAAAUUAAUGUUAUUGAACAAGUAAAUUCUGGAUUGCAUAAAGAAAUAGAAACUAAUAGGCUAAAAUUAAAACCUAUUAUAUCAACUAUUUUGUUUUGUGGAACUCACGACCUUCCCUUACGAGGGAAAAAAUCAGAUUCUGGUGUUUUUCACGAUCUUUUAAACUUUCGUAUUGAAUCUGGCGAUGAGAUAUUGAAAGAUCAUUUUUUAACUAAUGUGGGAAAUGCUAAAUAUUCGUCCCAUAGAACUCAAAAUGAAUUAAUUACACUGUGUGGAAAAAUAUUAAAAGAAGAAAUAGUAUGUGAAGCUAAUGCCGCGAAUGCGUUUUCCAUUAUUGCUGACGAAUCAGCAGAUAUUUCUGGUGUUGAGCAGCUAACAAUUGUAAUUAGAUUUUUAGACAAACAGUCCAAGAUUCGAGAAGAAUUCCUUGGCUUUUUACCAUUAGAUAAAUUAGACGCAGAAUCAGUUGCUACUAAAAUUUUAUCAUUUAUGGAAGAUAGUGGCCUUAAUUUAAGUAAAUUUUGUGGACAAGGUUAUGACGGCUGUGCUACAAUGGCUGGCAAAGUAGGCGGCGUUGCUAAAUUAAUUCGUGACCGAUAUAAUAAAGCUUUAUAUUUCCAUUGUGCUAGUCACCGAUUAAAUUUAGUAAUUAACGAUCUAAACAAAAUGAUGGUUAUUCGUAAUACUAUUGGCACAAUAAAAGAAAUUAUAAAAUUUUAUCGCGAAAGUACCCUUCGAAGAAAUCUUAUACCUAAUAUACCACUUUUUUGCGAAACCCGCUGGUCUUCAAAGUAUAAGAGUAUUAGGCUAUUUUCUGAAAAUUUUAUUGCUAUAAUUCAAAGCCUUCAAUCUUUGUCUGUUAAUGGUCUUAUAAAUUCGAAUACAAGACAACGUGCACUAUGUCUAUACUCUUCAACCUCAAAUUUUUCAUUUAUAAUUAGUAUGAAAAUAAUCGCAAAAUACAGCGCUAUCUUAGAACCGGUUACAAAUAUUUUACAAGGUGUAUCAAUGGAGCUGUAUAAAGUUCGGGAACAUGUAGAGGAAUUGUUAAAAAUGUUAGAAGACAAUAGAACAAAUGCAAAUGAAAUCUUUGAUUUAUUAUUUACUGAUGCCAAAUCUAUAGCAGAUGAUUUUGAAAUCACUAUUACUUGUCCCAGAAUAACUGGAAAACAAUCACACAGAAACAAUUAUUCUUAUGAAUCUCCCAAAGACUACUAUCGAGUAUCAAUUUUUCUACCUUAUCUAGAUUCAAUAAUUCAAUGUAUUAAAGAAAGAUUUGAAAAAAGUAAUAGUGUUGCUUUUUCACUACAACACCUUCAUCCAGCAUUAUUUAUAAAAAUGAAAAAACAAGAGUACACUGACAGCAUAACUAAUAUUUAUAAUUUUUAUAAAAUUGAAAAUCUGUUAGCUGAAAGUGAAAGUUGGUAUAGUUUAUGGCAAAAAAAAGACUGCCAAAGUAUGGACAUAAUAGAUUUACUAGAACAUAGCAAAAUAUUUUUUCCUGGCAUUACAAUUGCAUUAGAAAUUUUUCUGUCUUUGCCAGCUACAAGUUGUGCAGCCGAAAGGUCAUUUAGCACUUUACGAAGGGUUAAGACUUGGCUUCGGUCUACGACGGGUGAAGACCGAUUAAAUGGCCUAUGUAUGUUAAGUGUCCAUCGUGAAAGAGUUGAUGUAAGAAAAGAUAAAUUAAUUGAACAGUUAAUAACAAGGUUUGCAAUAGAACAACCACGAAGACUUCAGUUUUUAUUUAAUAACGACUAA